GGCGCCGCGAGGCAAGGCGCGCAGUUCUGGGGCACGGCGCUUGGGUGCGUGUCCGCCGGCCCACCCGCAGGCUCGGUCGCGUCAGCCAGCCAGCCAGUCAGUCAUCCGGCCGGCCGAACGGCUGGCUGUCGGCGUGUGCGUGUUUGGGGGGGUGCUGCCCUGAGCCGAGCCGCUGGCGCGACCUGGCCCCGACGGAGAUGCGCGUUCCGAGGGCGCGCCGGGGGCUGUGGGGCCGCAGCUCAGAACUACAUCACCAGUGGAUGGGAGAAGAGAAAGUUUUGCUUAGGCUGAAUCCGCAUAUCUGAAAACCGCACUUAAUUCCAAGGAAGCAAAUAGAAUUUGUAAAACUCUGAGCAGUAUGCAAUUCUCCAGGAAUCGGAACCCUUUCAGGAAUCUCUUCGAGAGGGUGAUUUGUUGUGUUCUGCUCCUGGGUAUCCCAUGUUGCACCUCCCAGCCCACCUACAAAAGGCAAGAUCACCGGACAGGUGAGACGCUUGUGUGCCAUCAGUGUCCACCGGGGAUGCAUCUGUAUCGGGAAUGCACCAAGGAUACGCUAACCAUUUGCAAGCCGUGCCCUGAUCUCCACUACACACGCUACUGGAACUACCUCAAUAGAUGUCUUUACUGUAACAUCUUCUGCAACAGCCUUGAAGAAGAGUCGCAGGCGUGCAACGGCACACACAACCGAGCGUGCCAGUGCAAGGCAGGCUACUACUCUGAUUCAGAUUUCUGCAUAAAGCACUCCAACUGUCCCUUGGGAACCGGAGUCACUCAGCUUGGCAACCCACAGGAAGACACCAAAUGUGCACCAUGUCCUCAGGGAACGUUUUCCUGCUCCUUUUCCAGCACUGACCCAUGCCAGUCCCACCAGAACUGUUCUGCGCAAGGCCUAGAGGUCAACGUUCCAGGCAACCAGUUCCAUGACACCAUCUGCACCCCUUGCAAGCUGAAGAAAGCCAAUGACACCAGUGACAGAGCAGAUGACAUGUCAGGAAACAGGGAUGAUUGCCAAGAGGCUGUGAUAGACUUUGUGCCUUAUCAAGUGGGGUCACACAGAAGGCUACAGCGAUUGAAACGUAUCCUCAGUGGUGUCCUGCCUGCCAAUGGGAGUAAUAAGAAGAGCCCAGCAGAGCUCCAGGUGGAGCUCCACACCUACCUCAUCCAGCUCAAGAACACUCACGGAAAAGAGUUUGUGGUCCGCAAGCUCUUGGGAGCCCUCAAGCGCAUGAAGUUACAACAUGUACAACAGAAGAUCCAGAAGCGUUUCUCUUUGAGUUUAUGAGGCUCAUUGCACAGUCUUGGACUUCAGCAUGUUAAUUUAUAUUUAAAAAAGGACACACACAAACACGUCUGAGAAAGAUAAGUAGUAACUUUCUUAUUUGUAACCGGACCUCGUUCCAAGUGGGCAAAGACUUCCUUUCAGCUUCAUAUACAUCUUCUAUUCCUCCAUGAAAGGAAGCAACAUUAAGGGUUGCAACUUUUAACUUUUAAUAAGAAAUAUUACCAAUCUACCUUGUGGAAUUCCCUCCCCUUAAAUAUUAGACAGGCGCCAUUUGAAGACCUUCCUCUUUCAACAAGCCUUUUAAGUUGAGACCUUAUCCCAGUCUGCGUUGGAAUUGCUUUUUAAUAUGUUUUAAACCUUUUUUUUAAGUGUUUUUAACCUUUUUUUUAAAAAAAAGGUUUUGAAAGCUUUUUUUAAAAAAAGGUUUUUAAAGAUGUUUUGUUCUAAUGUAUUUUAAAGUCUGUUUUUAUGAUGUUUUAAAGUGUUUUUAGUGCUUUUGUUUGCUGCCCUGGGCUCCUGCCGGCAGGAAGGGCAGGAUAUAAAUCAAAUAAUAAAUAAAUAUGAUUUGAUUUGAUUUCCAUCCUCAGAUGCAGGCAGGUUUGAGGCCACACUUCAAUGUGUUCCUUGCUGAAAUUGUGCACCCAGGGAACCCAGGCUUCCUGGCAAGACUUUUUUUAAAAAAAAUUGUGACCUACAUAGAUUAGUUUUAAAAAUUAGUAAUACAUCAGCCCCACCCAUAUAUAACAUGUAAAAGGAGUGUGCAGAUAUCACUAAUAGCUGGUUUACACUUACCACAAUCACUGCAACCCACUUGUAACAGGUAAGAGUGUAGUAUCUGUUGGAUUAUGUGGACUGAUCACAUUUGCAUAAUUUGUUUUAUUUUUGAAUAAUUUAUCUUGCUAUUCCUAACUCUGGUUUUCCUAGUCAUUAGAUACCUGUAUUGCUGCAGCCCCAAAUACCAGUUCCUCCCAAGCUGGAAGCUGCUUUUUCUCAGGAACUUGAACUCUGGACAAGAGUGGAUUUAAUUUAAUUCUGCGUUGAUAAUCUGUUCUGUGUUUUAUAAUUUUAUGAUGCUUAUUGUACACCACCAUUAUAUUUUUUAAAAGAUUUGGCAGUU